AUGUCCUUUACAAAUGCGCCCGUGACGAGAACGCUCGUUGUUGGGCUCGUUUCCUCCUCCGUCGCGGCAAGUCUUUUCGACUUGAAGCAUUAUUUCUACAUACUAGUCGACACACACAUCUGGAAGUACCACCAACCAUGGCGGGCCCUCAUAUUCCAGCUCUGCUACACCAACUCAUCCGAGGUGCUCUUCGCCGCCAUGACGCUCUACAACAUGCGAGUCGUUGAGCGCAUGUGGGGAUCGAGGAAAUACGCUUCCUUCCUCGUCAUCUCCGGCUUCUUGACAAGCGUCCUCACCCCCGCCGCCAUCGUGUUCCUCCUCCGACCCCUUACAGGCGGCCUUUUUAACUACCUCCCAGCGGGACCGACUCCAAUCAUCUUUGCCAUCCUAGCGCAGUACCACGCCAUGAUCCCGCACAUAUACAAAUACCGCAUGGCCCUGACGACGUCGUCCCCCAGCACGAGCGACGACGCGGCAGGCCUCACCUUCAGCGACAAGUCCUACAGGUACUUUCUGGCGAUGCAACUCGCUCUCUUCCAGUGGCCCGGGUCGAUAUUGGGCGCCGCGAUCGGCUGGGUUGUGGGAUACGCGUGGAGAAACGACUUGUUACCCACUAAGGUGACGACUUGGCGGCUGCCCGGCUGGAUGGUCGGCAUGAGGACGCAGAAGAGGAGCCAGGAGUUCGAAGGUCUGAGGAGACGGCUGGAAGGGGAGAAUGCGCCGAGCGCGACUGCGACGGGCGCUCAAGGCCAGGGGGCCGAUGGUGAUGCUGGCAGGAGGAGAACUCUAGGGCAGCAGGUCCUGGAUCAGGUAUCCGGCGCAAUCUGA